AUGUUCAACGCCCUUGUUUCAGUCUGGGCAGAGAAGUACACUUACGAUGAGAUUGCCGAAAAGACGAUCCUGUUCUACCGAAGAUACGCAAUCAAUCGCCACAAAGCCACGGUGUCGACCCCAGCCUACCAUGCGGAAGCGUAUAGCUGCGAUGACCAUCGCAACGACCACCGCCCCUUCCUUUAUCCGGACUUCCAAUAUCAAUUCCAGCAGAUUCGAGAGCGGGCCAAGCAACUUGCCAAGAUGCAUAUCUUCUUGGAGAACGUCGUCGGCUUUGAAACGUCACCAAUGCACACCGACACGCUUAAAACGCUCGAGCGAAAGGGCUACGCAUUUGAGCAUUACAUCCUCUCACCAGUGCAACUCGGCAUCCCGAACAAGCGGCCAAGAACGACGCACCCAAAGUGUUGCGACGACGUGGCGCAAAUAGGCCAAUUCAUUUCCCCCGAACUUGACGACCCGAGCCUGACUCUACGUGACGAGGACCUGAAACGUUUCGCUGCUUCACUGGACGUUGUGACGGAGGAAAGCCGAAAGUCCGCCUGUUUCACAAAGUCCUACGGUACCUACAUGACGGGAUGUGGAUCCUAUUUCACAAGAGACGCGGACAUGCAGCUCGGCGCGCAGUUCAUCAUCCCACAGGCGCAGCUCGUCCUCACGUGGCCGUGGUUCGAGGAAUUCGAGUUCAUCCCGCAGCUCGAACGUUCGUUACGA